AUUAAUUCUACCAAAUAAAAUCCUCUUAGGUUAAUUUAACCAGCUCUACCCGGGGAUAAAGUUGUAUUUUACAAUUUUUUUCAAGAGUACUUUAAGGCAUCGUAGGUCCACCCGGUGGCGCUGUGAUAUUGAGAGGUCAUACAUUUUGAAAAAAAAAAACAAAGGUAUUAUAACAGACCAGAACUAGGAUGUCUGGAGAGUUGUCCCUUGGCAUAAACAUUAAGGAGCCAAGAUGGGACCAAGGGACCUUCAUGGGGCGUGCCAAGCACUUCUUCAUGGUCACAGACCCCAGGAACGUCCUGCUGUCCUCUGAGACUCUCGAGGAGGCCAAAGUGAUCGUGGAGAACUACAGAGCAGGGGUUGUAAAACCUGGCUUGACAGAGGAUGAACUCUGGAGAGCCAAAUAUGUUUAUGACUCUGCCUUCCACCCCGACACGGGAGAGAAGAUGUUUGUGAUCGGCCGGAUGUCUGCUCAGGUGCCAAUGAACAUGUCCAUCACAGGCUGCAUGCUCACCUUCUACAGGACGACUCCAGCAGUCGUGUUCUGGCAGUGGGUCAAUCAGUCCUUCAACGCUGUCGUGAAUUACACCAACCGCAGCGGAGACGCUCCCAUCACCGUGAA